AUGUCGUUUGUCACUAUUACAACCACGUCACAGCCUCAUGUAGGGGGCCAUCACCACAAGCAUAAGAGAGAACACGCUAUAAUUACCAAAACGAUUGAGGGAUACUUAGUCGGUAGAGGAGACUCCACCACAGAAACCGAAGACUCGCUUCCCACGUAUUCUUCGAACUCAUCCACUACUAUGAGUUCUUAUAGUACAUCAUCAUCAUCUUCAUCUGUAUCUAGUAGUUACUAUUACUCUAUAAGUGAAAUACCGAACACUCAAACUAACGCGGCCAAGAACUCCGCGCAAUACGACCCGUACUUAUAUAGAACUGACCUCCCAAAUAAUAUUCUCUUUGUUAUAAUAGGAUCUAUCAUAGGAUUGAUAUUACUAGUGAUCAUUGCCAUCAGAAGUGUCAAAAAAGUCUCUGCUAUGCAAAGAGCUAAAAAUGAUAGUGAAAAAUAUGAGUUUUCUCAGAAUAGUAUGUACUUACACAGUGGACUUGGAUCAUCUUGUUCAUCUAUGUUGGAUCUUUCAUCCGAAAAAAUGUCGCUUCACUCAGCAUCGAGCUAUUAUAUGCUUUCCAAGAACGCGGCAGUACUGUCUCAGUCACUGUCGGACGGUUCCAGUGAUUCAGGAGGUGCAGGAAGAGGAUACAGGAAUGCGAUCAAGAACAAUGGCAGUAGUACCACUAUUAAUAAUCUUAACACCAGUAAGAACGCUGAUAACAAAUCCAGAAGAGGCUCGAUGUUUAUUAGCCCCGUUUUGGAAGCCAUGAACCAAAGUAGGAAUAACAAUUUCGAGUACAAGUUACCAAUGUAUCAUAGAGGAGCCAUGACAGACUCAGAAGUGGGGAGCGGAUAUGGAGGUGAGUAUAGUGGAAUGUCCAGCGCGGGAUCAAUAGUUGAAGGAAGACUACUUGACAGUUUUAUAAAUAGCGGUGAAUCUCUACCAUCGGGGCAAGUAGGUAGCGUAGGAACAGAAAGUGAGACUACGCCGAAGAGAAGACCACCAAGUCUUUUGCUUGACGAUAUACUUGAUGCAUUACCAGAUUAUAGGGACGAUAUAGAAAAGUUAUAG